AUGGAAAUGUUUUGUGGCGGACUACAGCAUCAAUGGAACCAGAAUGGAGGAAAAUGUGGUAUUUGUGGUGAACCAUACGACAAACCAAACAAAGUGUGGGAAAAAGGUGGAAGCAUGUAUUUGGGAAAAACGGUUCGAACAUAUCAAAAAGGAGAAACAAUUCGAGUAUCCGUCACUUUAACUGCCAAUCACAAAGGUUAUUUUGAAUUUCGUCUGUGCAAUGUCGACGGUUGGUCAUCAGAUGCGACACAAACAUGUUUAGAUCAAAAUUUGUUAGAAUUUACCGAUGGCACACGUCGCAAAAGUGUUGGCUCUUAUGGGUCCACAAAAAUUGAUUUGGAUAUCAAGCUACCGCCGAAUGUUAAAUGCGAACACUGUGUAUUUCAAUGGAAAUACACCACGGGUAACAACUGGGGAACAGAUCCACAAACAGGUCAGUCGUGUGCUGGAUGUGGCAUUGAGAAUGAAACGUUCAUGGGAUGCGCCGACAUUCGAAUUGAUGGUGAAGGAAAUGGAAAUCAACCGACAGAAAAACCUCAGCCACCCACAACAACAAAAACAGAACGGCCACCACAAGUUGUAACAACAACACGGUAA